UGGGGUGUGAUAAAGUUCGGAGAUCCUUCCCUCCAGUCAGCGGCGGACCUUUCCAGUGACGAGGUGAGGAGGGAGGUGGGGUGCGUGAAUCUGCAGGACUCAGCCGCUCGUAUCACCACGCCUCGGCAACGGUGAGUUCGUCAGCCAUAUUGACUACUUUACUACCUCCUCUCCGGCCGUGGGAGACUGGUUGGAGGAGCCUCCUCCAGCGAAGCCCCGUAUCGCCGGACGCCGCACGCUCUUCGGUGCGCACCGUGUCCGGGGGAAGGAGCCCAGAGCGCUGGGUGAGAGGGUGAGAGGGGGGGAGGAAGGUGCAACGCUCUAUUUUUACCCCGCGGUGGAUAAAUAUAAAGUACCGCUGUCAGCUGGAGACGGACGGAGAGAGGAGGUGACAGUUGGAGACAUCCUCAGCGCGGCCAGGCGUUAGAGGCACUGGUGCCCCGGCGAGAGGCAGGAAGACGGAGGACUUCUUUCCGUUUUAUCAGCCACAAGGGACGGGUGGAGAGAGGAGAAAGAUGCCCAAACCAAUCAAUGUGCGCGUCACCACCAUGGACGCUGAGCUGGAGUUCGCCAUCCAGCCCAGCACAACAGGCAAACAGCUGUUUGACCAGGUGGUGAAGACGGUGGGUCUGAGGGAGGUGUGGUUCUUCGGCCUGCAGUACACAGACAGCAAAGGCUACGUGACGUGGCUCAAGCUCAACAAGAAGGUGACCCAGCAGGAUGUGAAGAAGGAGAAUCCUCUGCAGUUCAAGUUCAGAGCAAAGUUCUUCCCAGAGGAUGUUUCUGAAGAACUCAUCCAGGAGAUCACACAGAAACUCUUCUUCCUGCAGGUGAAGGAGGCCAUUCUGAACGACGAGAACUACUGUCCUCCGGAGACGGCCGUGCUGCUGGCCUCCUACGCUGUCCAGGCCAAGUAUGGAGCAUACAACAAGGAGGUUCACAAGCCUGGCUACCUGGCAUCCGAUCGCUUACUGCCACAGAGAGUUCUGGAGCAACACAAGCUAACAAAGGAGCAGUGGGAGGACAGAAUACAGACCUGGCAUGAGGAGCACAGGAGCAUGCUCAGGGAGGAUGCAAUGAUGGAAUAUCUGAAGAUCGCUCAAGACCUAGAGAUGUACGGCGUCAACUACUUUGAAAUUAAAAACAAGAAAGGCACAGAACUGUGGCUGGGGGUCGACGCCUUGGGCCUCAACAUCUAUGAGCACGAAGACAAGUUGUCGCCAAAAAUCGGUUUCCCCUGGAGCGAGAUCAGAAACAUUUCCUUCAACGACAAGAAGUUUGUCAUCAAGCCCAUCGACAAAAAAGCUCCUGAUUUUGUGUUCUACACUCCUCGGUUACGGAUCAACAAGCGCAUCCUGGCGUUAUGUAUGGGCAACCAUGAGCUGUACAUGAGGAGGAGGAAGCCCGACACCAUCGAGGUGCAGCAGAUGAAGGCUCAGGCCCGAGAGGAGAAGCACCACAAGCAGAUGGAGAUAGCGCAGCUUGAGAACGAGAAGAAAAAGCGUGAGCAUGCGGAGAAGGAGAAGGAGCGAAUCGAGAGAGAGAAGGACGAGCUGAUCGAGAGGCUGAGGCAGAUCGAGGAGCAGACGCAGAGAGCUCAGAAAGAGCUGGAGGAGCAGACCCGCAAGGCGCUGGAGCUGGAGCAGGAGAGAAAGCGAGCGAAGGAAGAGGCCGAGCGGCUGGAGAGGGAGAGGCAGUCGGCGGAGGAGGCCAAGGCAGCGCUGGCUCAGCAGGCGGCCGACCAGAUGAAGAACCAGGAGCAGCUGGCUGCUGAGUUAGCAGAGUUCACAGCCAAAAUUGCUCUGCUCGAAGAGGCAAAGAGGAAAAAAGAAGAGGAAGCGACAGAAUGGCAACACAAAGCUAUUUCAGCACAAGAGGACCUGGAGAAGACGAGGGAAGAGCUGAAGACGGCCAUCUCGUCUCCGCCGGCGCCGGAGCACGACGAGCAGGACGAGAUGAACGCGGAGGCGAGCGCCGAGCUCCUCAGCGACGGCGUCACCAGCCAACGCAGCGAGGAGGAACGCGUCACUGAAGCACAGAAGAACGAGCGCGUGAAGAAACAGCUACAGGCUCUGAGUUCAGAACUGGCCGAGGCUCGAGACGACACCAAGAAAACCCAGAACGACAUGCUGCACGCCGAGAACGUCAAGGCAGGCAGGGACAAGUACAAAACCCUGCGCCAGAUCCGCCAGGGCAACACCAAGCAGCGCAUCGACGAGUUCGAGUCCAUGUGAGCCGGAGAGAAACGCCGAGGAUGCCAUGUCAACGCCCCACUUUUCCCUGCAAAGCCCGCGACCGGCUGCCACUCCGGGAUCCUCUGCGUAUCCAGGAGACAAAAAAAAAACAAACAAAAAAAAAACGAACAGCUAACGGGCUUCGUAGCUUCAGCCUCGCCAAAUCUCUGCCUGGCAGCGGCCGGCCAGUCGUACUGCUAUCCGCUUUCUAGAGCUCUGCCCUCACCCCCAACAAAGCACACGUCUUUUAAUCCGUCUGGAAAAUAGCAAGCGACAAUACCCUCCUCCCUUCUACCCUUUUUACUGGCAGUUUUAAUGCUUGCAUGAUUAAAACAGGACCCUUAGACAAAAAAAAAAUUGUGAGACUGGACACAAUCGGUCGCGCUUUUACUCGACAAAUUAAAAAGGCCAUUUGUAGCUGUAGCUCGUUGAUGUUUUUCCGCCACGCUUUAAUAUCCUUACUUUUACGUCGUUAUGUCAUGAGCAGAGCAAUCGAAUUCUUUUUCUUCUUUUCUUUUUUUUAAAACGCCUUAUUUUGUCUCGUUUCUUUCCCGUCUAUUGUUGUUAUUUUGUUUUGGGACGGCGUCAUUGUUCUGUUAACUUUAGCUAAUUUAUCUCCUAGAACGAGUUUGCAAACGGUCCCACAGAGAGUUGUGGACAAACUCGGUGGAGUUUCACAUUCUCACUGUGCAUUUGUUCAAAUCUAUAUUUUGCCCCACAAUAAAGAAUGAAUUUAUAUUUGCAGAAAUACAGCUACAGUAUGAUCUCAAAACUCAAAACUUUUUUUUUUCUUUUUGACAAAGCAUGACAUGUCAGACUCUUUAUAAAUCUCAAAAUAAGCCUGGAUUUGAGUCCUAAAGCCAAUUUUUCAUGAAUGACUUUUCCAUUUCUAAAUCAUCUUUGCACACUGAUCAGACAUCAGGCGUAUAACGACACGCUGACUUAUUUUUUAAUGACGGAUAAACCUGGACUAAACAAAAACUACUGAACUUUAUUGCAUUUUUUGAAAUAACAUUUGUUCUGGAAAAUAAAUUUUUUGCUCAAAA